AUUUGUAAUAUACAACAACAUCAAUACAUCAAUCAAUAAUAUACAUCAUUUUAUUUAAUAUGGUAUCAGAGCAAGGUUAAAGAUCUUGGUGUUCUUCGCCUUCCGGCGGGCGGCAACCUUGCCUUGACCGUCCGCCGGAUCUCAAAUCACUAGAAAUCCAGACCCAAUUUUGAGUCACAAAUUGUUGUUUGAUUCCAAGAUCUCAUCAUUAAUUUGCAAAGAGUCUGUCUGGUCUGGUGAUUGAAUAUUUGUACAGAAUGGGCAAGUGUAUAAGCUUGACAGCGUUGCAAAACCAACGCUACAGGCACUCCUUCGGCAAGGCAGGCCUCAAAUCAGUGACCACCGAUCUCGGUGACGGCACCGUCAUGCACUUCUGGACUCCCAAGUCCCACAAACCCAACAAGCCCACUCUUCUCCUCAUCCACGGCAUCAACGCCAUGUGGCAGUGGAACCCGUUCAUAUCUCGAUUCUCCUCCAAAUUCAACGUCUACGUCCCUGGCCUGCUCUUCUUUGGCGACUCCUACACCACCCUGCCCGACAGGACCGAGGCAUUCCAGGCCCGUAGCAUCAUGCGGGCCAUGGAGGCAUACGGGGUGGCGCGGAGCAUGCUUGUGGUGGGACUGAGCUAUGGCGGAUUUGUUGGGUACAGCAUGGCGGCGCAGUUUCCGGAGGCGGUGGAGCGGCUGGUGAUAGGAGCUGCUGGGGUGUGCAUGGAGGAGAAGGACAUGGAAGAUGGGAUGUUCAAGGUCAAGAGUAUAGAUGAGGUUGCUACCAUAUUGUUGCCGCAGACCCCUGACAAGAUGAGGGAGUUGGUCCAACUCACGUUUUACAAGCCGCCCAAGAUCCUACCUUCAUGCGUCCUCACCGAUUUCAUUCGAGUGAUGUGUACAGAAUACCUUGAAGAAAGAAAAGAAUUGAUCCAAGCAUUGCACCAGGACAGGAAACUCUCUGAUCUUCCCAGCAUAACCCAGCUUUUCUUUUUUUUAAGAAAUUGCUUUAUUUGGUUGUUUCUUAAUGGGUUUGGAUUCAUUGAUGGCUCUAGCAGGGAACUCAUGCUUUUUAACUGCAUAAAAGGAGUUUCUGAUGCCGGAAUACCAGCAUCAUCUGCAGCUGCACAUCCUUAG